AUGCACGUUGAAAUCAUUCCGCUGUCCUGGGGCAAGGGCAACAACUACGCUUAUCUCUUGAUAGAUGAGCCUUCGAGGCACGCCUGGUUAAUUGAUUCGGCUUUCCCACAAGACGUUGAGGCGUACAUUGCCAAUAAAAAGCCCCACUUUGAAUUGAAGGCCAUAGUGAAUACUCACCAUCAUUGGGAUCACGCUGGCGGCAACGGCCAUUUUCACAAGAAAUAUCCGGAUUUGCCCGUUAUCGCUGGCAAGGACUCUGAAUUGGUGACUUACACCCCUUCACACCAAGAGGUGAUAGAUUUGGGUGACCAAUUAUCUAUCACGGCUUUGCAUACCCCGUGUCACACCCAGGAUUCCAUCUGUUACUAUGUGAAAGACUCAAAGACUGGGCAGAAGGCCGUCUUCACUGGUGACACGCUAUUCAUUUCGGGCUGCGGUCGUUUCUUUGAGGGAACGGCAACACAGAUGAAAAAAGCUCUCAACGAUAUCUUGGGCAAGUUGCCAAAGGAUACUGUCACGUAUCCAGGUCAUGAAUACACUAAAGGCAAUCUCAAUUUCAGUAAGACAGUGUUGCAGAACGAAGCCAUCGACUCGCUUGCAAAUUUCGUGAAGCUGAGCAGCAUCACCGCCGGAAAGUUCACAAUCGGUGAUGAGCUCGAGUUCAAUCCGUUCAUGCGUCUUCUGGAUCCUCAAGUGUUGAAAGCCACUUCUGCCUCGGACCCUGUCAGCGUCAUGGCUAAAUUACGUGAAAUGAAGAAUAACGCCUGA